UCACAGGUAAGAAUAACAGCUGAAAUCUGACUCAGAAACCUGAUUAUCAUUCCGAGGACGCUACAUCAGAUGGUAUCUGCUGCAUGCCCCAAGCUCUGUGCCGCCGAUGGCAUAGAGCGACAUGUGCCCUGCAGCCUGGUGCCUUUCCACCUCGUUGCUCCUAGCUUCAAUUACCCGGUAUUAACCAUGCAGUCUCGACCGUGAUUUCGCCACUUCGGAAUCCCCAAAGCACUCGACGGUCGAGAGAGAUCCCAAUUGUCUCCAAGUACAAUGACCCGGUUGAAUCCUCAAUCCCUGUCAGCAUUCACUACGGAGGAGCUGGAGUUGAUCUGCUCGUCAUGUAAGUGCAACAUGGACGCAGACGACCACGACCGCGGUGCAAUGGAGUGUGGGGAUGACGAAGGCAAGCCAACAAGUGUCGAGCGGAUGCGCAAGGACUUGGACGAGUGCUGCUCGUGUGUUUAUGACCGACUCAUGUAUGUGUGGAGGAAUAAGAUGUUCAACCGCUGGCGACAAACGAUACAAGGAGCUAAAGUCGCUGAAGGAGACGGACGUCGGGAGCGCUCAGAAUCAAGAGCGUCGUCAUCCACAGGUCGCAGCAGAUGCAGCAGCUUCAUGGAGACGAUCGAUGACGGCGUCAAUAGCAGCAUAAACGGAUUGCUAGAUAUCGCACCCGCACUGCACAUUGUCGUCCCGUAUCUGCGAGUUGACGAGAUCUACCGUUUGAUGUUCACGAACAAGUCAAUCUGCCGAGAAGUGGGUCGCGCAACACUCGCGCUCUCGUUUAUCCCUGCGCGGAAGGUGAUUCUAGACGAUAAUAUGAUGAUCCUCCCGAUGCAGUUCCCCCACUUAAAGGAGAUUAACCUAACAGGUUGUUCCAACCUCACCGAUGAAUCCGUCGAGCAGCUCGCUAUGCUGUCUGGACUAACGUCCGUGGCGCUGAAAGGGUGCUACCAGGUGACUGACAGCAGCAUCAACUUACUCGCCAAUUCCCAGUCGAAAUCGCUCAUGUCGCUCAAUCUCGGAUACUGCAAAGGCGUGAGUGACGAGGGUAUCACUGCUAUCGCCACCAAUCUACCGAAGCUGAACUAUUUGAGUCUCCGCGGCUGCAACCAGGUCGGUGACAACGGAAUCCGUGCGCUUGCUCAGCUCAAGAAUCUCCAGACGCUCAAUUUGUGGUAUUGCAACCAAGGAGCUCUCACAGACGUCGGUAUCUCCGCAUUGGCAGAAGUGACAUCGCUUACAAGCCUGAAUUUGUCAAACUGCACCCAGCUCACGGACGAAGGCAUCAGCUCACUCAGUUCGCUUGUCAACCUCCGACACUUGGAGAUUGCCAACGUUGGAGAAGUCACAGAUCGUGGGUUGUUAGCUCUAGCACCACUGGUCAACCUUAUCACGUUGGACGUGGCAGGAUGUUACAAUAUCACCGAUUCGGGUUCCGAGGUGCUGGUGAAUUUCCCAAAGUUGGCAUCGUGCAAUCUUUGGUACUGCAGCGAGAUCGGCGACAUAACUUUUCAGCACAUGGAGAUUCUGACCAACAUGCGUUUCCUGAAUUUCAUGAAAUGUGGCAAAGUUACUGAUCGAGGGUUACAGUCCAUCGCGAAGCUCCGCAAUCUCACGUCGCUAGAUAUGGUGAACUGCUUCAACGUCACUGAUGAGGGUCUCAGCGAACUCUCCAAACUUAAUCGGCUCAAGUCGCUCUACUUGGGUGGCUGCUCUGGCAUCCGAGAUGAAGGCAUCGCAGCACUGUCUAACUUGAGCUCACUGGUGAUCUUGGAUCUUUCGAAUUGCCGUCAGGUUGGUAACAAGGCUUUGCUUGGGAUCGGUGAGCUGCACAACCUCACUAACCUUAAUCUCAUGCGCUGCAACCGCAUCGAUGACAAUGGUGUCGCUCAUCUCGCAAAACUCACGCGCUUGAAGACACUGAACCUUGCUAAUUGCCGUCUUCUCACGGACAAGGCUACUGAAACUGUUGCACAGAUGACGGAGAUUGAGACUCUGGUGCUCUGGUACUGCAACAAGCUCACGGAUGCAGGUAUCCUGAACUUGUCAACACUGACGAAGUUGCAGUCGAUCGAUCUGGCAAGCUGUUCCAAGCUGACCGAUGCGAGUCUCUUGGUCUUCCUUAACAUGCCAAAUCUCACAUCACUAGAUCUCGGAAAUUGCUGUCUCCUCUCCGACGAAGGCCUGCUGACUCUGGGUAAGGUCACGUCGCUAACGUCGUUGAAUUUGUCCGAGUGUGGAGACAUUACGGAUAGGGGACUUGAACACUUGAAAACUCUCGUCAACCUCUCGUCUAUCAACCUUUGGUAUUGCACCAAGGUAACACCAGUGGGUAUCAACCACUUGCCGGUGCAGUCCGUCGACUUCUAAGCUACCGCAAGCUGUACAUGUAAGCACCAAUGUAAUCUAACUGUUUGUAGUGUCAAAAAUUGUGGUGUAG